AUGGACUGUGCUCCACAGAUAGCUCAAGCAAUAGAAGAAAGCAUUCCACAAGCUCAAAUACUUUGGUGCGGAGUACAUGUUCUUCGUGCAAUUCUUCGCAAAUCAAAUAAGUUUUCUUCUCAAGAAAAAUUUGAACAAUUCUAUAAUUUGAUGAAGGAUUUAGUCUUCAAAUUAGAUGCAGAACAUGAGGAAGAAGCAAAUGCUGCCUAUGAUCAAGUUCUGGAGUUGCUCGACACAGAUCCAACAGCAUCUCAAUACUUUAACAGACAAUGGCGUUACAACAUAUCAAGAUGGAUUGCUCGUGACAGGCGUGAAGGCGACGCAACUAACAAUAUUGCCGAAGCUCAUUUUAGAACACUCAAACAUGACUAUUUUCCUGAUCGAAAAAAUCUCAGAAUUGAUGAUGUUAUUAUAGAAAUUUAUACAAAAGUGAUACCAUCUUUCGUUAUCAAACUCAAAAUUGAUCAAAAUCCAGCAGAUGACCGUGUCAUUAGGAUCAUGGAAAAAGCAACUAACGCAGAAAUUGAUGUAAAAAGACAAAGAAAAAUCGAGAGUAUUUCAAUGCUCAAUAGAUUGCUCAAUGCUGUUAGUGAUGACUCAAUAGAUCCCAGUAAAAUAUAUCCUACCUUGAAAGUAUUAUUACAAAGAACUCAUUUUAUUUAA